CCGCGGCCAGGGCGGCGCAGACCGGCCCAGCGACUCUCCCGGGCUGCCAGCCGGGACGCGCGGCCGCCGCCGCUGCAGGACGAGUCUGCCCUAGUCCCGCGCCCCCGGGGCUCGCGAAGCCAGGUCUCCACCCCUGGGCAGGAGAGAAGCUGACCACCGCGGGGGUGCUUUCUCUACGCUUGAACAUCUACAGCUGCUUCCAGGGGGCUGGCAGCUGGCCCCAGGGAGAGACGAGCCAUGGACCCCCCACAGCCUCAGCAUUCGGUGACCUCACUUUAGGACAGUGUCAUUUACCGCUUCCGCCAGGGCAAAGGAGCUGAGCAGCCAUCCCGAGCCCGGCCCACCUCCCUCCCGCGGCCCCUGGUGAACAUGGACUAGCAGCUGUGAGCGGCCAGAGCUGAUGCCCGGCCCCCAGGGGGGCGGAGGCGCCCCCACCAUGAGCCUGGGCAAGCUCUCGCCUGUGGUCUGGGGGUCCAGUUCACAGGGAAAGAGGCGGCUGACUGCAGACAUGAUCAGCCCCCCGCUCGGGGACUUCCGCCACACCAUGCAUGUGGGCCGUGGUGGGGACGUCUUCGGGGACACCUCCUUCCUCAGCAACCACGGUGGCAGCUCCAGGGGCACCCAUCGCUCACCCCGCAACUUCCUGGCCAAGAAGCUGCAGCUGGUGCGGAGGGUGGGGGCGCCCCCCCGGAGGAUGGCGUCUCCCCCUGCACCCUCCCCGGCUCCACCGGCCAUCUCCCCCAUCAUCAAGAAUGCCAUCUCCCUGCCCCAGCUCAACCAGGCCGCCUACGAUAGCCUCGUGGUUGGCAAGCUCAGUUUCGACAGCAGCCCCAGCAGCUCCACGGACGGCCACUCCAGCUACGGCCUGGACUCUGGGUUCUGCACCAUCUCCCGCCUGCCCCGCUUGGAAAAGCCGCAUGACCGAGACCGGGAUGGUUCCUUCCCCUCUGAGCCCGGGCUUCGCCGCUCAGAUUCUCUCUUGUCCUUCCGCCUGGACCUCGACCUUGGGCCCUCACUCCUCAGCGAGCUGCUAGGGGUCAUGAGCCUCCCGGAAGCCCCUGCAGCUGAGACUCCAGCCCCUGCCGCAAACCCCCCAGCCCCUGCUGCAAACCCCCCAGCCCCUGCCGCAAACCCCCCAGCCCCUGCUACAAACCCCCCUGGUCCUGCUGCAAACCCUCCAGCCCCUGCCACAAGCUCCACACCCCAUGGACACUGUCCCAAUGGGGUAACAGCUGGGUUGGGCCCAGUGGCUGAGGUGAAGGCCAGCCCAGUGGGAGGGGGUCCACGAGGACCUGCUGGCCCUGCCCUCGGCAGGCACUGGGGAGCAGGCUGGGGUGGCAGCUGCCACUACCCGGAGAUGAAUGUGCGGCAGGAGCAGGUGGAGGUGCUGCCCCAAGCCCGGGCCUCCUGGGAGAGCCUGGAUGAAGAGUGGAGGGCGCCCCAGGCACACAGCAGGACCCCGGUGCCCAGCACGGUGCAAGCAAACACCUUUGAAUUUGCGGAUGCUGAGGAGGAUGAUGAGGUCAAGGUGUGAGGGGCUGGGACAUGGUCCCAGGGCCCCACCUAGGUGCAGAGCCGGCCCCUCACCUAACAGCUGGUUCCUACCAGACCAGAGAGGGGAGAAGCCGAGUUGCCCCUAAACCCCUCUCCACCUCUGCAGGACAGACAUGGGAGGGAAGACAGGGAAGGCCAGGAUUGCUCCGGCACUUGGAUGCUCCCAGAGGCCCUGCCAAGCUGACCACCUCCUCCCACUGCCACUCUGGACCUAAUAGCUCUUCCUUAGGCCCCACUCCAUGCCACCCCCACCAGCUGGAGGGCCCAGCCUCACAGUGUGGCCUUUGUGCCAGACCAAGCUGCCCGUGGGGCGUGGGGGGCAGGGAGUGUACCACACAGGGCCAUUGUCUCACCUCCCAAAGGAACCGCCUGCCCCCAGCUCAUCCCAGAGCGUCCCCGCUGUAACCCUGACAGCCCUCUCCCAGGCCGCUUCCCCAACAUCCCCACCCCAGCCUCCCUCCUACCCCAGAAAGGUCAGGUAUGACCUGCCGGGGAGGAAUCCCACCUGCCUGUAUACCCCAGACUUGCCUCUGGGGCCUGAUUAAAUAAGGCUGUUUUGAUAAAA